AUGAAAUUAUUUUCAAAGAAACUUAUUAUCUUAACAAUAACAUUUACUUUGUUAGUGGUGUCGCUGAAUGCUUCUGUUGAAUGUCCUCUAGGACCUAAUGGUAGAAAAUUAACAUGUGCUUUUGAGUGUUGUCCUUCAUUUGAAGGUGAAGAUCAUGGUUAUUACUGUUGCGGUGGAGAUGAUAAAACACCACUAACCCGUGGAUUUUUUAAUUCUCAAUCAUCAGAUCAACCACAUUCUGAUAAAUUUGUCAUGGCAUAUGGAAAUGGUUUUCAAAUUGAUUAUACUCUUGUAAUUGUUGGUUUAAUAAUAUCAGUUAUUCUUUCUGUAUUAUUAUCAUUAUUUUGUUGUUUCUUAUGCAACAGUUGUUGGUUACGUCGCCGUCGUAGUGGAACAAAUUAUAAUGGUCAUGUUCAAGAAGAAGGAUUUAUACCAAUAUGUUGUGGUUUUGGUAUUCCAACUGGUACAUUAGUUUUUAGUACUCAUCCACCACAAGUUAAUCCACCAGACAACAUUUAUGGUGGUAGUAGUAUGACAUCUCUUCCAAGUAGUAGAAACAGAGUUAGAUUUAAUAAUGAUGGAACUCCAAGAGGUGUCUUAAAAAAUAAUCAAGCAUACGACUAUUAA